AUGGGGCUGAGGUCCAGGACUAGUGGGGGGGAGAAGGGCCCCCAGCAGACAGCAGGGGAGCGCGAUGGGGUCAUGCUGUUGGCCCCUGGGAGGCCUCAUCACGUGGGCUUUGGGCUCCUGGCCAAGACCCCCUUAAACUAUGAGCGGCCGCACAAGAAGAACAACCUGCGCAGGAGGAAGCUGCAGAACCUGCUUUAUGAUGCUCUGGAGCGACCGCGAGGCUGGGCCCUACUUUACCACGCCUUCGUGUGA